CUGUCGACACACUCUGUGACGGGUCAUUUCUGUACACUGUUGUGAACAUGGUACUUCUCUAGUACCAGACUCCGCCGCUGCCACCAUGCCCUGUUUGGGCCAUCACCACCCUUGAUGCCAUCAACAGCAGGCAAACUACAAAUUCUACAGGCCACAGUCUGGUCCAUCUGGAGGAUGGGGAAUAUGAUGGGGGGUGUGCGUGCCAAGGACAAGGACAAGACUGAAACCCCUGACAGCUCUCAAAAGAGUUCAGAAGAAGACAUGGUGGUGGUGCUGCAGGACUACCCGUCUCCUGAAAUCAGCGAGCCCAUCUACAGAAUGGGGGAGAAGCUCAGAGUCAUCGCACAGGAGGCUUAUUGGUGGAGAGUCCGCUCAGUCCAAACAGGGAAGGAGAACUACAUACCCAACAGUCAUGUGGCAAAAGUCUACCACGGUUGGCUGUUUGAGGGGGUGGAGCGGCAGAAGGCCGAAGAGCUGCUGCUUCUACCUGGGAACAGAGUGGGCUCCUUUCUGGUGCGGGAGAGCACCAGGGAGAGAGGUGUGUAUUCACUCUCCGUGAAGCACAUGAUCAUAAAGCACUAUCGUAUCUUCAGACUGGACAACAGCUGGUACUACAUCUCCCCACGCCUCACCUUCCAGUGCCUUGAGGAUAUGAUCAACCACUACUCUGACUCUUCAGAUGGCUUAUGUUGUGUGCUAACCUCUCCCUGUCUGUCGGCCACAACCCCGCAAUCAGCCGUGAAUCCUGAAGCUCCACCUGUGGUCAUGCGACGGAACUUUGACUGGAAGAAAAUAGACAGGACACAGCUGGUCAGCACAGAGAGCUGCAGUGACAACAUGGUGAGCUACGGUGUCAGAAACAGCAUCGCAGCCUACCUUUCCUUUUCUGGCGAUCAAGACCCAGCACAGAUAAGCGCAAAGAACAGGAAGAAGAAAAGCAAAUCUGUUUAUGCUCUCCCUGAAAACAGCUUGGCAAAGCCUGACUAUGAGGAUGACUUCUAGAGACAGCAGUGGCGUUUAAAAUACUGGAAUACCUUCAAGUGGGGGACAGUGGAGGGCAUCCCUCUCUGAAAUCCACCACAUUUCUUAUGUCAGCAUAGGGCUGUGCUGAACUGACAUUUUCAUUAAGGAUCCCAAACAUCCAAGUGUGUUUCAGUUUCUAAUGUGAGCACUUUGAAGUACUUAGACAGUAAUGCAAACUGGAUGACCACUCCACUCACAGAAGGUACGAUGUGGAGUUGUACUGGAUGACGGCGCUAUUGAACUGUGAUAUGUAUUCUGCACACAAGCCGGAAAAACAAACAGUCUGUCAUUAUGAUAGUGAGAAGAAGACUUGAAUGCUAUGGUUACUGUUUGGAAAUAUUAAUGUAUAUAUGAGUAUUAGUGGCUUUCAGACUGUUUCCCUGUGUUGUUAAUAAAUUUUAAAUAUUUGAA